GCGACGCAGUCGUUGCGUCAUAGAGGACACGUAACGGGACUGCCUGACCGGAGGCACAGAGCAGAGACAGCAGGACCAGGACCACUGGAUACUUCAUGCACACAGAAGCCUGAAACAAUUGAUUACUGCACAGCGUUGACACAGAAGACCAAAUAUAGAGAUGGUGUUCAGAGGCACAAUAACAGAUGCUCCGGACUUUGAUCCCACCACUGAUGCUGAGGCCCUUUACAAUGCUAUGAAAGGCAUCGGUAGUGAUAAAGAGACCAUAUUGGAACUGGUCACCUCAAGAAGCAAUGCUCAGAGGCAGGAAGUCGUUGCAGCAUACAAAUGCAGCUUUGGACAGGAUCUGAUUGAGGAUCUGAAGUAUGAGCUGACGGGCAAAUUUGAGCGUCUCAUUGUCAGUCUGAUGAAAACCUCCGCCUACCAUGAUGCCAAAGAAAUCCAUGAUGCACUCAAAGGAGUAGGAACAAACGAGAGAUGCCUCAUUGAAAUCCUGGCAUCUAGAAACAACAGACAGAUUCUUGAGAUGGUUGCAGCAUACAAGGACGCCUAUGGCAGAGACAUGGAGGAGGAUGUAAUCGCAGACACAUCAGGUCACUUUAAGAAGAUGCUGGUUGUUUUACUUCAGGGGACCAGAGAUGAGUCAGGAGUGGUGGACGCAGACUUGGUGGAGCAGGAUGCGCAAGAUCUGUAUGCAGCCGGAGAAGAGCAGUGGGGGACUGACGAGGCCAAAUUUAUCAUGAUCCUGGGAAGCCGCAGUGUGACCCACCUCCGCAUGGUUUUCGAUGCAUACGAGAAGAUUGCAGAGAUGUCCAUAGAGGACAGCAUAAAGAAUGAGUUGUCUGGGGACUUUGAGAGGCUGAUGCUGGCUGUUGUCCAGUGCAUAAGGAAUGUCCCCAUGUUCUUUGCCAAGCGCCUUUACAAGUCAAUGAAGGGUCUCGGAACAGCUGACAACACCCUGAUCAGGAUCAUGAUUUCUCGCUCUGAAAUAGACAUGUUGGACAUUCGAGAGUGUUUCCGUUUAGCAUAUGAGAAGUCACUUUAUAACAUGAUUAAGGAUGACACAUCGGGGGACUACAAGAGGACUCUCCUUAAUCUGUGUGGAGGAGAUGAUGAUUUAGCUGGAGAGUUCUUCCCUGAAGCUGCUCAGAUAGCCUACAAGAUGUGGGAAACAAGUGCCAUGACCAAAGUCCAGCUGAGGCCAACAGUCCGCCCUGCACCCAGUUUUGACCCUGCUGCUGAUGCACAAGCUCUGAGGAAAGCUAUGAAGGGAUUCGGAACAGACGAAGAUGUGAUCAUUGACAUUGUUGCACAGAGAAGCAAUGCUCAGAGGCAAGAGAUCAGACAGGCCUUCAAAUCCCUACUGGGAAGGGAUUUGAUGAAGGACCUGAAGUCUGAGCUGUCAAAGAACUUAGAGAGGCUGAUCAUUGGGCUCAUGUUGACACCUGCAGAGUUUGAUGCCAAAAUGAUGAGGAAGGCAAUGGAGGGGGCUGGGACAGAUGAACAUUCUCUGAUUGAGAUCCUGGUCACCAGGAGCAAUGAGGAAAUACUUGCCAUGAAUGCUGCUUAUCAGAAUGCCUAUAAGAAGUCUUUGGAGGAAGCCCUUCAUUCAGACACAUCAGGCUUCUUCUGCCGCAUCCUUGUUUCUCUCGUGCAGGGUGCAAGGGAGGAGGGCCCUGCAGAUGAGGAAAGAGCUAGUGCAGAUGCUCAGGAACUUGCCGAUGCAUGCAAUGCCGAAUCUGAUGAAAUGGAGCUGAAGUUCAUGAGUAUUCUGUGCACCAGAAGCUUCCCCCAUCUUAGGAAAGUAUUCCAGGAGUUUGUGAGAUGCUCCAACAAGGACAUUGAACAGGUUAUCAGGAAGGAGAUGUCAGGAGAUGUCAAAAAUGCCUUUUGUGCUAUAGUUCGUAGUGUAAAGAACCAGCCCUCUUACUUUGCAGACCGUCUGUACAAAGCCAUGAAGGGCCUUGGUACAGAUGACAGAGCGCUGAUCCGCAUCAUGGUAUCCCGUAGCGAGGUCGACCUUUUCAACAUUCGCAAAGAAUUCAAGGAUACACAUGAUGUCUCCCUCCAUGAAUUCAUCCAGGUAGAAACUAUGAUUGGUGAUACCUCAGGAGACUACCGUAAAACCCUGCUGGUGCUCUGUGGAGGGGAAGAUUAAACUUGUCAAGUCUCUGCAGCUCCGUUCACAGACAAACAA